AUGACGAGAAACGCGCCCGCCCUGCGUAAGGCGGCUUCGAAUGCUGACCUCUAUUCGGACCCGUCACCGCCCCGCCCGCUGCGCCCUUCAUCCUCUGUUGUACUAGGACGCGCACAUACGACCGCGGCUCUGACACACAGGCAGCGCCUGGAUAGAAAUGUUUCGACGCGAGCAUGGAGGGGCCGAGAGGAAGUACCAGAUCUUAGCCACCGCCACAGCGUCGCAGGGGCAUACCCCGACUUGAUCGAUGUUUACGACGACUAUCCACAGCCAGCGAGGCCCCAGAACCCGCCGCCUGUACCCCCCAAGAUCCCAGAGGUGCCUGCUGAGCCGGUCCAGCCGGUCCAGCAGGUCCAGCCGGAAAUCCAGGCUCCUCGUCCUGUGCCGUCUCACUGUUGGAUCCCAGUUCCUGCGCGUACCAAGGAGGAUCCAGCGCGCUACACCAAGCCCUUUACCGACUACAUUACGAACAACCCUACCAUCUUCCACGCUGUCGACGCUGUUGCCCAGGACCUCGAAAAGGACGGAUACAAGAAGCUGUCUGAGCGGGAUGCAUGGGAUCUGCAGGCCGGAGGCAAAUACUACGUCGAGCGCAACGGCACAUCGCUCAUUGCUUUUGCCAUCGGAGACAAGUAUGCAUCCGGAAACGGAGCAGCAAUCGUCGCAGGACACAUUGACGCCUUGACGGCAAAGCUCAAACCCAUUCCCAAGCUGCGCACCAAGGCCGGCUAUGUGCAGCUCGGCGUUGCGCCGUACGCUGGCGCACUGAGCGAUACCUGGUGGGAUCGCGACCUUGGUAUCGGCGGCAGGGUGCUCGUCAGGGAAGGCGAUAAGAUUGUCACCAAGCUGGUCAAGCUGGACUGGCCCAUUGCCAAAAUACCGACUUUGGCGCCGCACUUUGGCUCUGCUGCCAACGGCCCCUUCAACAAGGAAACACAGAUGGUACCGAUUAUCGGUCUGGACAACAGCGAUCUGGCUUCUUCUUCAUCAGGCGAGACGGGAGAAGAGUUCAAGGCCAGCGUGCUGGGCGGAGAGGGCACCUUUGUCUCUACCCAGCCCGACAGACUCGUCAAGGCCAUCUCGAACGAGCUUGGCAUCACCAACUAUUCAAGCAUCGUAAACUGGGAACUCGAGCUCUUCGACACGCAGCCCGCACGCACCGGCGGCCUCGAUAAAGAGUUCAUUUUCGCCGGCCGCAUCGACGACAAGCUGUGUUCAUGGGCGGCCGUCCAAGCACUACUCAACUCUGCGCCCACGCUCGCAGCUUCAUCGCAGAUCCGCAUGGUGGCCCUCUUCGACGACGAGGAAGUCGGAUCUCUGCUGCGCCAGGGUGCCCACGGCAACUUCCUACCCAGCGUCAUGGAGCGCAUAGCCGAGGAAUUCGCGCCCAGCGGCAAAACCAGCAGCACCCUCAGCAGAACCUAUGCAAACUCGUUCCUCGUCUCCAGCGACGUCAUCCACGCCGUCAACCCCAAUUUCCUAAAUGCAUACCUUGAAAAUCACUCGCCGCGCCUCAAUGUCGGGCCCGCUGUCUCCGCUGACUCGAAUGCCCACAUGACGACGGAUGCCGUCUCUACGGCUAUCCUGCAGCGCUGCGUCGACCGCGACGUGGGCAUGCGCAAGAUGGAUCCCAAGCUGCAGGUGUUCCAGAUUCGGAACGACAGCCGCAGCGGAGGCACCGUGGGACCUAUGCUGAGUGCUGCGACGGGCAUCCGGGCUAUUGACUGCGGUAUCCCGCAGUUGAGCAUGCAUAGCAUCCGGGCGACGACGGGCAGCUUGGAUCCAGGACUGGGUGUGUUUACCUUCCAGAGCUUCUUGGAGAACUUUGAGAGCGUCGACAAGGAGUUUAGAUGA